AUGCCGGCAACAGAUCAGUCAAACUGGAAAGAGAAGCUAAAGCGAGUUGAUUUUAUUGGAGCAUUCGUUCUCGUUGUCGCCGUCUUUGGGCUCAUCCUUGGGUUAGAUCGGGGAGGGAAUGUUUCUUGGACCAUGCCUCUAACGAUCAUAUCGCUGUCUGUAUCUGCAGUGGCAUUUAUUCUAUUCAUGGUCGUCGAGGGCCGAUUCGCCGUCGCUCCAUUUGCUCCCCUCCACAUCACAUUCGGCCGUGAUUUAGUAGCAUGCUACCUGACCAACUUCUUUAGUUUUGGUGGAUGGCUUGCUGCCAUCUUCUAUAUCCCGUUAUUCUUCCAGGCUAGUGAUGGUAGCUCUGCUGCCAGUGCUGGAAUUAAGCUUCUGCCAUCCAUCCUGCUGGGAGUAUCUGGAUCACUUUUUGGGGGUUGGUUGAUGAAGAGGACCGGCAAAUAUUACUGGAUCACCUUCUACUCAUAUGGUUUAUUGGUUGUUGGCCUUGUUGUGAUUACCUUAUUCUCCGGUAUCAUAGCCAAUAGUACCCCGAUGAUAAUCAUCGGCAUGACCAUGUGCGCAUUUGGAAACGGCAUUGGGGUUACAACGACACUGAUUGCAUUAAUUGCAAAUGCUUCCCCUGAAGACCAAGCUGUCGCCACAGCCUGCUCAUACCUAUUCCGAUCGCUAGGGUCAGUCAUCUCAAUAUCUCUCUCCGCCAGCAUUGUCCAGCAAUUCCUCAGGAGUUCCCUGCGUUCUGCACUGAAGGGUAAUAAGAACAUCGAUGAGAUUGUGGACGGUGUCAGGCAGAGUCUUGAUUACAUCAAACACCUUGACCCGCAGUUAAGGGAAGUUGUUAGAGAGUGCUAUGGCCGUUCAACGACAACGGCGUUUGGCUUUAUGACCAUCCUUGUUUUCCUAUCAUUUAUCAGCGCUGUGUUCAUCCGAGAACAAAAGUUAAGCGCAUAG